UAGUGGUAGAAAGAAUUUUUCAAAUAUGGCUUAUUCUUAUUUUAACUUGACAUAAUUAGCCAAUUUCUUUGUGCGAUUACUUAAAUCCGUUGGAUAGGUCUUCAUUGCUAUCUCGUAUUCCUCUCACCAGUCACCAGUCUCACUUUAUUAUCUCACAGAAGACCGUGCCUCACGAUUGGUCAAUAACCAAUAUACUUCAAAAAAGGAGCAAUUUUAUUAUAUUUGUGUCAAUAAUAUAUCUAAUGUUAAAUGUGUUGAAAAGGUACAUUAUGUAAAAAUAUGUCUUAAUAACAGUGUGAUAAUUAUUUAUUUAUCGUGUGACGUAUUGUUAGACAAUAGUGCCAACUUCUAACCUAAAGCAAUCUAAAGGAGCAUGCUCCAAACAAGGGUCUUUAUAUAAAACAUAUUGCAUUUUAUAUAAUGGAUGUGUUAGAACCAGAAUUAAUUUGGGUUAAUGGACGCUGCUAUAGAUUUUACGAAAAUACUGCCUGGAAAAACAUUCAUACAUCAGCUCCAUAUAUGGAGGAUAAAGAAUCAAUUUGUUCAAAUGAGGAAUCUGAAACUGAUAUAGAAAUAAUUCCUCAUGAUACAUUGUUUAAGCAUACUUUUUGUGUACCCAAAAUUUUUUACUCACACAUAAUUGGUACAAAAGGUUUAACACGCAAGAAAUUAGAACAUGACACAAGAACAACUAUUGAUAUACCAAAAAAAGGAAAAGAUGGAAACAUUGUUAUUACUGCACGGGAACGUAAAGCUAUAAUAUCUGCAAGACAUAGAAUUGAUUUACUAAUAGAAGCCUCAAAGAAAAAGAUACAUUAUACACACUUUUUGUCAAUCCCAUUAAAUAAAAAAGAGAUAAUUGAUAAAUAUAUUUCUUUCAAGAAUGAUAUAUUGGAGAAGUAUAACAAAACUACACACAAUAUUGAUGAAUCACUUUUUCAAAAUCCAUCUAAGUUACACCUUACUAUUGGCAUGCUUAAAUUAUUUGAUGAUAAUGAGAAAAAGUAUGCUAUUGAUGCUCUCACAAAUUGUAAAGAAAAUAUUAUAGAUCCUGUUCUUGAAGAAACGGGGUCAAUAAAUAUACAGUUACAAGGAGUUGCAUGUAUGAAUGAUGAUCCUACUAAUGUUAAAGUUUUAUUUGCACAAAUUGCAUCUAACGAAAAAUUGCAAGAACUCGUUGAUAAAGUUGCUGAAUACUUUAUUGACAUAGGUUUAAUGGAGAAAGAAUACGAAAAAAUAAAAUUGCAUGCCACUCUAAUGAAUACAACAUUUAAAGAUGAUUAUUCAGCAAGAUUUAAGGAAAGAUAUGACGCAAAUGAAAUAUUAAAAGUAUAUAAGAAUACACUGUUUGGAAAAACAAUAUUAAAUCAGAUUGACAUAUCUGAACUUCAUACUACUACCAAAGACAAUUAUUAUAAAUCAAUAGGUAGCAUUACUUUUUAAAUACAGGGAUAUGUGCUAUAUAAUUGUAGCAAUGAUCUCUUUUUAUUUAAAAAAAAAAGUAAGUUAGAGAAAAAUCUAUUAUGCACGCGCGCACGCACACA